AUCUCACAGUGGCUCUGGCUAGCCUGGAACUUCCCUGUGUAGACCAGAGUGUCCUCAAAUUCAUAGAGAUCCUUUUGCCUCUGCUUUACAAGUGAUCAAAGGUGUUUGCUGCCAUGCCUGCCUCCUCGAGUGUCUCAGGUAACUGAUGGCCAUGCAAGAAAAAUAUCCAAAUGACAGAUCUUCUCAUGCUACUUCACCAGGUUCCAAUGUGAUUCAAAAAGGCAGUUCUCUGGGGACUGAAUGGCAGACACCAGUUAUCUCGGAGGCCUUUCGGAGCCGCUUCAGCCGUUGCUCAAGCAUAGCUGACAGUGGGGACACAGCCAUUGGAACAUCAUGCUCAGACAUUGCAGAGGAUUUUUGCAGCUCAAGCGGCAGCCCUUCUUUUCAGCCAAUCAAAAGCCACAUAACCAUUCCAACAGCCCAUGUGAUGCCUUCUACUUUGGGGGCCUCUCCUGCCAAACCAAAUUCUACACCUUCUGGGCCUUCUUCCUCUAAACUCCCCUUGUCGGGGUUGGCUGAAGGUGUGGGGAUGACAAGGAAUGGAGACUUCGGUGCAGUGAAACGUUCCCCAGGCCUAUCAAGAGAUUUCAUGUAUCUCCCUAGUGCUCCUGGAGAAAAUGGGAUUCAGCAGUCCUGGUUUCCAGCAGUCGGCCAUGAACGAGAGGGAGAGAUGAGGAAGUUUGAUAUUCCUAGCAUGGAGUCGACCCUUAACCAGCCAGCCAUGGUAGAGACAUUAUAUUCAGAUCCACAUUACCGAGUCCACUUUCCCACCCCAAGAUCUGAUGCAAAUAAGGAUGUAUACAAAGUAUUGCCAGAAUCCAAGAAGGCACCAGGCAGUGGUGCAGUCUUUGAACGGAAUGGACCACAUGCCAGCAACAGUGGAGUGCUUCCUUUGGGACUCCAGCCUGCUCCUGGGCUUUCCAAGUCACUGUCCUCUCAGGUGUGGCAACCAAGUCCUGACCCUUGGCAUCCUGGAGAACAGUCUUGUGAACUCAGUACUUGUCGACAGCAGUUGGAACUAAUUCGUUUACAGAUGGAACAAAUGCAGCUUCAAAAUGGAGCCGUCUGUCACCAUCCUGCUGCUUUUGCUCCUUUACUGCCUACCUUAGAGCCAGCACAGUGGCUCAGCAUCUUGAACAGUAAUGAACAUCUUCUGAAGGAAAAGGAGCUCCUCAUUGACAAGCAGAGGAAACAUAUCUCUCAGUUGGAGCAGAAAGUUCGAGAGAGUGAACUACAAGUGCAUAGUGCCCUUUUGGGCCGUCCUGCCCCCUUUGGGGAUGUCUGCUUAUUGAGGCUACAGGAGCUGCAGCGUGAGAACACUUUCUUACGGGCACAGUUUGCACAGAAGACAGAAGCCUUGAGCAAAGAAAAGAUGGAGCUUGAAAAGAAACUCUCUGCUUCAGAAGUUGAAAUCCAGCUCAUCAGAGAGUCUCUCAAAGUGACACUACAGAAGCAUUCGGAGGAGGGGAAGAAGCAGGAAGAAAGGGUCAAAGGUCGUGAUAAACAUAUCAAUAAUUUGAAAAAGAAAUGUCAGAAGGAAGCAGAGCAGAACCGGGAGAAGCAGCAGCGUAUUGAAACCUUGGAACGAUACCUAGCUGACCUGCCCACCCUUGAAGAUCAUCAGAAGCAGACCGAGCAGCUUAAGGAUGCUGAGUUGAAGAACACAGAACUGCAGGAGAGAGUGGCUGAGCUGGAGACUUUGGUGGAGGACACCCAGGCAACCUGCAGAGAGAAGGAGGUUCAGCUGGAAAGCCUGAGACAAAAAGAAGCAGAAUUCUUCUCUGCUAGACAUAGCUUGCAAGAUAAACAGUCUGUGGAGGACACCAAUGGAGAAGGUCUCGAAGUGGAAACAGAAUCCCAGCAGAAGGAAUGCGAUUCCCUCCGAAAGAUCGUGGAGCGGCAACAGCUGAAGAUAGAGCAGCUGCACUCUCAAGUCCAGAGCCUAAAGCAAGAACUGGCUCAAGAAGAAGGAAUAAGCCAGGCUUUGAAAGAGGAGGCUCAGCGGAGGGAGACCGCCCUGCAGCAGAUGCGCACAGCUGUGAAGGAGCUCUCAGUGCAAAAUCAGGACCUGAUUGAGAAGAAUCUGACGCUGCAAGAGCACUUGCGCCAGGCCCAACCAGGGUCCACAUCUUCACCAGACACAGCCCAACUGGCAUAUGAGCUGCACCAGGAAUUGGCCAUUUGCCUUCAAGAUCUGCAAGCUGUCUGCAGCAUUGUGACCCAGAGGGCCCAGGGCCACAACCCUAACCUCUCUCUGCUCCUAGGCAUUCAUUCCACCCAGCACCCAGGGACUCAGCUAGAUUUGCAGAAGCCAGAUGUGGUCAGAAGAAAACUAGAAGAGGUUCAACAGCUGCGUCACGAUAUUGAAGACUUAAGGACCAGCCUAUCAGACAGAUAUGCCCAGGACAUGGGAGAAAACUGUGCCACACAGUGAGGAGGGCCAGAGAGGACCUGGCUGUUACUAGCCUCACCAGAGGUUCCUCCCCUGACAAUCCUGCCUUCUGCUGCAGCACCCAGAGGGGAGACCCUGUAUCUGGGGCCAGGGUUGAUGUGAGAAGCCUGCCUGUUGUGCUAUACACUGGCUUUGCCUUAUUACUGGGUUAUGUUUUACCUGUUUUCUUACUCUCAAAGGCUGAGUUACUAAUUAACCUUUUUGUAGAUGGAACUGAUAAGGUCCUCACAAACUGUUCCCAGCCCUAACCUGACAUCAGAAGCAAAGAGGCUGCUCAACUCCCCACUUCAUCCUCCAUGAAGGCCCAUGUUCAUUCCUACUCUAUACCUUGGUCCUACUGAUGCUCUAUUACCAAAGGCCUAAAGGUUAAGUAGGAGUAACACCUUUUAAAAAACUCAGGCCCCGUGUACCAGCCUUCCUGGGAACUCAGCUGGCUUUCUGGGUUUUCUCAGGUAACCUGCUUCCUCAGGGCUGUUCCCACAGAGGCCUCAGGGUUAUCUCCCCCUUAGCAAAGUCCCCACUAGGAUUGCUGGCUUGGGGCCUACAGCAGGGCUCCUCAGCCUGCCUGCUGUUGUGUUACAGGAAACUCUUGGCCACCGCAUGUCCCAUGGAGCCCUGACAUGUGGUCAGCAUAGCCUUUCUCCUUGGCUUGGGCCUUCCAGGUAGCCCCAUUUGGGGUGCCUGAGUGCAGACUUCUCUGUGAUUGCCCUGUGGUUCCUUGGUUGGACAGUUUCCCCCAGAAGACCACAGGGCAACUGUCAAGCUGCUCACCCCUUCCCAAGGCUGGGGCUGUAACCAGCCCUCUGAUUCGUGCCUCUUGUUUGGGAUUGGGGGGCUUUCCUUUCCCCUCUCUGACCUUGAAAGUUAGAGCUCCUAGUGAGGGUCAGCUCUAAGAUAAGUGUUCAGUGUUUCCUGGUGGUUUGUGUUUCGCUAGGGCCUUUGGACCCUUGGCUUUAUGGGUUUUCUUGCCUCCUGAUUUAGGGAUGGUCUUAGUUUUAUCUGGUUGUUGGGCCAGUCCUCAACCUCCUUUGGUUUGGAGCUAGGGGCCCUGUAUGUAUGAGGAGCAUAGUUUGGGAGAUGCAGAGGCAGCCAAGAUGGGACUUUGGCUAAGCCUCUGAGCUGUUAAAAGUAUCCUGGACCUCCUGGGGGGCCUGAGUGGCCUUCUUUUCAAGUGUUUUCAUUCAUACGUUUGUAUUUUAUUUAUGGGUGGUUUACCUUUCAGAGCAGCCACACCUGGCUGCCUAUCCCCUCAGCCUCUGGGAUCCUGCCUCCUAAAACCAGAGAGCUGCCUGUUUGGAGUCCACCCUAUGUCACUGGGAGCCCAGCCUCCAUGCUCACGGGUAUUUUUUUCUUCAUAAAGUUUAUAAAGUUAUUUAUAUGAAUCUUUGUUAUGUCGACUGGUUUGUAUUGCCUAUUUUGAUUACAGAAUAAAACAUUUUAACAGAU